AUGCAAUCUAUAUUAUUAGAUCCACGCUUCAAAAAACAAGGGUUUCCAAAUAAUGACAAGUACCAAUCGGCAUAUCAAUCGUUGUCAAGGAUGGUGCAAAAUUUACCUAUCGGACAAGACGCUCAAGAACCAGGAACAACAGUAGGUAUUGGUCCACUUUCUGGACCGGAGACUAUUUGGAAGGAUUUUGAUACCAGAGUUACUGCAGUAAGUGGUGGUUCAAAUGUGACAGUAGCUGGUAUAUUAGAACUGGAUCGAUACAUUGCUGAACCUUUAUUAAAAAGAACGGAAGAUCCAUUAGUUUGGUGGAAUGAACGCAAAUUAAUUUAUCCAAAACUCUACCAAUUAGUUUGUCGUAUGUUAUGCGUUGUGGCCACAUCAGUUCCAUGCGAGCGCAUUUUCUCCAAGGCUGGCAUGGUGUUGACGGAGAUACGGUCAAGACUAACGACUGACAAAGUUGAGAAGUUGUUGUUUCUAAAUCAUAAUUUAGAUUAA